UAUUUUUACGUUACGAAAAAAAGUAUUUUUAUACAAGUUGUCAGUGAUAAAUCUUUUAGCUUACUGAACGUUUCAAUUUAUAAGUAAAUUUUGUGGUUAGGUAUAAUAUUGCUUAAAUACAAUGAAGAUACAAAAGAAAAUAAUAUCCAUACUUAUCUCUUUGCGAAAGAGCGCAUCCAAAAUUAGAGGAUUCCUCAACUGUACAAAAAUAAAUGUAAAGUACGUCGGUUUUUUUGUUGUUGUGGUAGUCCUGGGUGCAGUAUAUUUUUGGAGUUGGUACCGCUUGAAUCAAAUACUCAGGGAAGAGUCUACUGUCCCAAUAAAAAUAAAUACUCGGCAAUAUUCAAACGGAUCAAACGUAGGAUGCGUUUUUCCUGAAGUCAACCCAUACUCGAAGGUAGCACUGAAGUUCAACGUGGAAUGGCCGAAAGUCGUCUGCGAAGGAUACGACUGGGUUGACUGUAACAUGUCAGAAUGUAGAGUAAGACAACAUAUACUAGAUACGAUGAAAAACAUAGUAUGUUACUAUAGGGACAUCAUACAUGUGCACGAUCACAAGUACAUAAUAGCUGAACCGGUCAAACUAGUCAAUGAUGAGAUUUACGUGUUGAAUAGAAGCGAUGGCUUCAAGGUUUCCUGUAUGGGAUAUGAGAAAAAUGGCUUUGGUCUCAUAGCAUCAAGAUGGCACGGCUAUAAAGUCAGUGUUCGUCCAGUAACACCACCACCUUCCCCUCCAAAGAGGAAUGAUAGCCUGAACAUUUUGAUAGUGGCUUUCGACUCCGCACCCCGAAGUGGAUUCAUACUCAAACUACCCAAGAGUUAUAAGGUGUUGACUAAGGAGUUGGAUGCUGUGGUUUUAGAAGGUUACAACAUAGUGGGUGACGGUACGCCAGACGCGUUAUUCCCUAUCCUCUCCGGGAAAACUGUCCUGCAGCAUCACACCUACGCCAGCCAGAGAGUAUCCAAGAACACCUACCUUGACCCUAAGCUGUUCAUCUUUCACACCGCGAAGGAAGAUGGGUAUCAUACAGCUUACUACGAAGAUAUGGCUUGGAUUGGCUCCUUCCAGUAUCGUUACAAUGGGUUCAGCGAGCGACCAGCAGACCACUACAUCAGGUCGUUCUUCAUGGAGGAGUCAAAUAAUGGUGCAAAAUGGAAUCAGGGCGUAAAAAGAAGAUACUGCAUUGGGGACAAACCCUCUUUUUUGGUUCUUCUGGAUUUGACCAGACAGUUUAUGAAUGUCAAAGGCAAGCGAUUCUGUUUCACCUUCAUAGCAGACAUCUCGCAUGAUGAGUUCUACAGGAUAUCCACUGCUGAUGAUGACUUGGUUGACUUCCUGCGUCAUGUCAAGGAUUCGGGGUAUUUGGAGGACACCAUGCUCAUUGUUAUGGGGGACCAUGGGCCCAGAUUCGGCCCCAUACGUGCAACCCGUCAGGGCAAACUAGACGAACGGUUACCCUUCAUGUCCAUAGUACUACCAGAGAGGCUGAAAAGGGAGCGACCCAACGCGUUGCACAACCUCAAAGGCAACGCUCAAGUGUUGACUACGCCGUUCGAUAUCCACACGACCGUGUUGGACGCGAUGGCAUUGGGCCAACAUGCCAGCGAUUUCGUAGUGCCCAACGCUGGGCUGAAAAGAGGACUGAGCCUUUUGAAACCGAUCCCCAAAACCCGCACAUGCGAAGAAGCCGAAGUAACACCACACUGGUGCGUGUGUCUGAACACAGAGUCGUACGCCAUAGCCCCCCAUGAGCCCAUGUUCCGCCGCUCCGUCGACGCUCUGGUGCAGUUCAUCAACAACAUUACUGAAGAGAAGAGAUCACUAUGCGCCGUUAGAGACCUGACUAGCACAAUGUGGGUGACUCGGCAAGGCCCAAAAUAUAAUGAGAUCAAGUCCACAGCUGCCAAUACUUCACACGUCACUUACUAUCAGGCCUUGGUCAUAUUGAGUCCAGGGCGGGCGGCGUUCGAAGCUUCCUUACGAUACGACCAAGAGAAAGAUCGCUUUAAUAUAUCAGAGAAGGAUAUCUCUAGAAUUUCUGCGUACGGCACUGAGCCUGCGUGUGUGAGUGCGACUCACCCACACUUGAACAAAUACUGCUAUUGUUUGAGGCAAUACAGUGCUGCCAAUUUGUUUAGUAUUAAUUAGUUAAUAUUUUAAUUUGUAUACAUAACUGAAGAAUAAAUAUUUUCGUUACAACAAUGUUA